AUGUCGAACGACCAAUUCCGUCAGCAGUUCUUAGAGAAUCAGCGCCUCGCUGCACUAUACGUCAGCACGUGGACCGAGAUACAUGUCCCUGAGUCCGAAUCCAUUCUCGAGAUCGGCGCCCCCCGUCCACUCUGCGAAUCGCGCAAAAAAUGGAUUGAUGCUAUCUGUCCUUUGACAGAAGCGCCCGGCUACGAUAGAGCUUGCUGGGCUCGCGUCCAAGAGCGCCCCGAUAUCGUUGUGAUCUGUACAACUUGGGAAAAUCGCGAAUCCCUUGAAGCUUUCAGGAAGUCGCCCGAGUAUGCUAAGUAUUGGGGCGGUCUGUCGACUUUUGGUGAGCCGAAAGAAACGGAGAUUGAAUGCACCAACGGCUUUCUCUCUGCCCUCGACCGGAAGAAGUUUGUGGCCACGGUGCAAGUUUUAUUUCCGUAUCCGAUGAGCGCGGAGAGAAGGGAACAAGUCCGCCAAAUCAACGGCUUGGUUCCGAGGUGGGGCGACCAAGUGAGACCCAGAGGCAUACGCGGAACGAGGCUCCCAUCAGCGCGACCUAUUUCCGUGUGGGCUGCAGGUGCUCAGGCAGGAUAUGGUGAGCCGGUGGAGAAGCUACUCUGGUUCCACUUCUGGAACGGGGACGAGGCGGAGAAGAAGUGGAAAGAAAGUGGCAUGCGGAAUCCCAUAGUUCAGGGCAUCAUGUAUCCGCCGAUUCCUGCAGAGCAAUGGUUCGACGAGCAAAUCAAAGCGUUGGGAGCACUUGAGUGGACGGAAGAGCAUUACGGCGAGUUCUUUGGCGUCCCGAACAGGUUCAAUGGCGAGCCCAGCUUAGGGAGAUUCUUACGCAACGGGAAAUUGCCGGCACAUCUUUUUAGGGAUCGAACUUGA